AUGACUCUCAACCAGAACCAUUCGGAGUCUGGCGGAGUCAUCAUCAACAACAGUGAAAGCGUUUUGAUGAACCACGACAACGUGGAACUGAUCUUUGUGGACACGGACGGUCUUCUACCCGAGGCCUUCAGAAAGAGCAAAAAGGGCAGUGUCUACCUGACUCCUUACAGGGUGAUCUUUGUGGCAAAAAGUCGAGAUGCCCUCAGGUCCUUUAUGUUCCCUUUCUAUCUAAUGAAGGGCUGUGAGAUCAAGCAACCUGUACUGGGAGCAAAUUACAUCAAGGGGACCAUCGGUGCCGAGCCCGGAGGUGGCUGGGAGGGCAGCACAGGCUUCAAGCUCAUCUUUGCAGCAGGAGGCGCCAUUGAGUUUGGACAAUACAUGAUGCAGGUGGCCACUCAGGCUUCCAGAGGUCAGCCAUUCAGUCCUGCCUUUGGAGGAUGCCCUUUCAUGGCUAACGGGGCCUACGCUUUCCCCCCUCCCCCUUCUAACGGGGCAUAUCCCGCCGGACCUCCUCCGGGUUACGCCUACCCUGACGAACCUCCUCCAGGCGGCUUUUACACCAACCCUCCCGCAUUUGAUAACGCCGUAGCCUACAUGGCUCCGCCUCCGUAUUCAUCUGCUCUGGGUCAGCAGCCCCCGCAUAACCCUGAGGCCCCAUCUUCAGCUGCUGCCGAAGCUAAAGCAGCUGAAGCAGCAGCCAGUGCCGCUAGCUCUUCCACACUACCGCCUACUCAUGUGUACUUACCAGAGGACAAGCCUCCCCCCUACUCUCCUCCAGAAGACAAGAAGAACCAGUAG